AUGGAGCAUGAACGAGCAGCCCUCGUGGACAAACACUCCAAAGAGAUGGACUCUCUCAACGCCAAACACAAAGAGCAACUGGACACGCUCUGCACCAGGCACGGGGACCAGCUUGCGUCUUUGACUACCCGACUACAGUCGGAGCACAAAGGCCAGCUUGAUGCUUUGGAAGCGGCCCUCAAUUCCAAGCGCAAGGAGGACCUGGAAGCCCUCGAGGCCGUGUUUCAAGAAACCAGUCAGGCCCAGCUGGAGGCUCGAGAAGCGGAGCUGGCUCGGAAGCACCAGGAAGAGACGGAUGAAAUCGAAAAGAGGAUGCUCAGUAAUAUGGACACCUUGGAAGCCACGUACUUAAAGGAAGUACACGCACUGCGGGAUGAAAUGGUGCAACUGGAACAGAGGCACCAUCAAGACCUCACCGGUCAAAAAGCGGAGCAUCAGCACGUGAUGCAGCAUUACGCCGUGGAGCAGGAGGCUGUCAGAGAAGAGCUGCGAAAGGAGCUCGCUCAGAUGCACCUGGACAAGUUUAGGGCCUUGGCAGCUGAGCUCAGCCAAGUUCACCAGGUGAACAAGAAGCCAAACGUU